AUGCCGCCGCCGCUGCACCCUCCACUAUCGCUGCGCCUUCACCUUCUCCUCCGCUCCCAAACCCUAACCCCUCUCCUCCGGCGAGGAUCCAGCUGCGAUGCGCCCCUUUGCAGGACCAGGAGGUACAUCUCCGUUCGCGCCUCCGCUGCACAGCUCGCCUCCGCGGGCGUCGCGACGGCGCAGCAACCUGAAGGGGUGGAGGAGGCGGUGGUGGGCUUCGUCACCGGUAAGAGGAAGGCCACCGAGGUAGCUCACGCGGUGUGGAGAAAUAUUGUUCAAAAAGGGGAUACAGUGGUUGAUGCCACGUGCGGGAAUGGCAAUGACACGCUCGCUCUGCUUAAGAUGGUGGCUGAUGAAACAGCACGAGGACGUGUUUAUGGGAUGGACAUUCAAGAUUCUGCGAUUGAGAGUACUUCCUCGUUUCUGAAAAUGGCCGUGGGUGAUGAACAUCAGGGACUAGUAAAACUAUUUCCUAUAUGUCAUAGUAGAAUAGAAGAAAUUGUUCCCAAAGAUGCUCCUGUCAGGCUUGUUGCUUUCAACUUGGGCUACCUUCCAGGAGGAGAUAAAACUGUAAUCACAGUGCCUAGGACAACUGAGCUAGCAUUGCAAGCUGCCAGCAGACUUCUGAGUUCUGGGGGACUCAUAAGUGUUCUUGUUUACAUUGGGCAUCCAGGUGGAAGAACACUGAAUUCUGGCCAAAUGUCACUUAAAAAGUGGGCCAUGGUCUUGUUAAUUUUCUUCUUUCUGAUCCCUAGGGAUGAACUCGAUGUUGUUGAAUCAUUUGCAUCAAGCCUUCCUGUGGACACCUGGGCGACCUGCAAGCUUCAAAUGAUCAAUAGGCCAAUUGCUCCAGUACUCAUACUUCUGAACAAGAAAUGA